AUUUUUUUUAUAAACCAUUUGCCCCUUUUGUUCCAUAUGUCAUUUUACAAAGAGGAAACUGAGAAGCUGCACAGAAGCCACAGCUUGUGAAAACAUGAAUCAGAGACCCAAUCACAUCACUCGUCUGUGCACAUGCAUUUCUGCUGCUCUGGCUUUGCUAUUUUUGUACCAACAGAACUAACAACUUCAGAAUGAUAAAGAUUAUAUUUGUUUUAUUGUUUAAAAACUGAAGAUAGCAAACAGUAGGUGCCCUAGCUUUGCUAUUUUAUAGCAAGCGAGCUAAUGACUUUGGAAUACUAUAGAAAGUGUAUGCAAUAAAACAAACUGAAGACAGCAAAAGGGUCAUGACUUGAAGAAAAAUAUGUUCACAAUGGUGGAUAAUGCCUCUUUCAGCAGGCUCUAUGAAGAGACUCAGCCUGAGGAAUACAGAGUACUGGCACUUGUUUUCUACAGUAUAAUAUUUAUAGUUGGCAUUAUAGUGAACAGCACUGCACUAUGGGUCUUCAGUCUUACAACAAAAAGGAGAAACUCUGUAACUGUAUAUAUGAUGAAUGUGGCACUGGUGGACCUUAUUUUUAUAUUAUUAUUACCUUUUCGUAUAGUUUACUAUGCAAAGAAUUACUGGCCCUUUGGAAACAUUUUCUGUCGGAUAACAGCUGCUCUAACAAUCUUUUAUCCCUGCAUUGCUCUCUGGCUUUUUGCUUUAAUAAGUACUGACCGGUACAUGGCCAUUGUGCAGCCCAAGCACUCCAAGGAGCUAAAAAAUGUAAGUAAAUCUGUAAUGGCAUGCAUUGGCAUUUGGGUUAUGACACUGGCCAGUACAGCACCAGUACUUUUGUCCUCUAAUGAUCCAGAUGCAGCCUCAAACUAUACAACAUGCCUAAAAAUACGGGACAUCAUCCACUUACAACUGACAGGUGCCACAGACUUUACUCGCCUGAUUUUUUUUUUCCUUGUACCUACUUUCAUUAUGAUCAUAUGCUAUUCUGUCAUUGUCAACAACCUUAUUCAUGGUCGGACUUCAAAACUGAAGCCAAAAGUCAAGGAGAAGUCCAUUAAAAUUAUCAUCACUCUGAUUAUUCAGCUGCUUGUUUGCUUUGUUCCUUUCCAUAUCUGUUUUGUCUACCUUUUGCUGGAAAAUAAAUCAGAUAAGUUCAGUGUCUGGGGAGCAUUCACAACUUUCAUAAUGAAUCUUAGUACUUGUCUUGACAUUAUCUUGUAUUAUAUCGUGUCCAAACAGUUCCAGGACCGUGUGAUCAGUGUUAUUCUCUAUAGAAAUUACCUGCGAAGUGUAAGGAGGAAAAGUUUCCGCUCUGCCAGCAUGCGUUCACUCAGCAACAUCAACAGUGGCAUGCUUUAAUGUCAUGUAAAUUUCAGCAUGAAACUCUUCUUAAACAAUUACUUUAUUUGGAUGUAUUUGCUCUGUACUGCAGUGGUUAAGUUUAAUACUAAAAUGUUUACUUUGUUAUUUGCAAAA